UAAUUGGAGACAGAUAAUUUAUUGAGGCGACCCCUGAAGAAUAAAGCCGAAAGAGAAGACACCAAGGUUACGUUUACUUGUUUUGACGACUGAUAGUAACUUGCUAUAUUUUAUUCAUAAACUUUUGCAAAGAAACAUGGCCAUCCAACAAAUAAUAUCUACUACACUUCUAUUUUGGCUUAGAUUUGAGAUUAUAAUUUGCCAUAUUUGAUAAGAGAGGAAUAGCUGAUAUUGAAAACUGAACCAAAAUUGACUGGAGCACAAAUUAAUUGAAAUUUCAGUAUUUUACAUAUUUAAUUUAUUUUUAAAAUGCCAUAUAACAUUGAUACGAAAUUGUUUAUUUAUUGGUACAAAAUUUGCCCAUGAAAGGGACAAAAUGGGAAUAAGUAGAAAAGAAAUGGGGUACUUCGAACCAAUAAUGAUUCAAACAGCUUGCCAUACAAACAAAGUGGCAGGUGGAGAGCUGCCGUCUCUCGGUGAAUCGCAGGCAAUGCAGGGGCCAGAUUUAAUUUAACGCAUGUAGCUACUUAGCAAGAUGCGAUUCAUUUACAGACAUUAACUGUGUUCACUUAACUUGGCCCUAGACUUGGAGUUAAGAAAGAGACCCACGAAGCAACUGAAAAAUCAGUUUUCAGGCCGCCGGGAAAGCAAACCACGCCACCCGGCUUCCGGGGAUUCAGGAGCCGCAAGCGAUUGACGGCAGACGUCGGUCGGUCGGUGGCUCGAGGGGGAGGAAAGACGGAGCGAGCGUUCACAUCGGCUCAGACGUCCACCUCUCGGUUCCAGCCACUUUCGAGAUGUCAAGAAAGCUGCACAGGACUGAAGUCUGCGCUGACUGCAGUGCGCCAGACCCGGGCUGGGCCAGCAUCAAUCGAGGGGUUCUGAUCUGUGAUGAGUGCUGUUCAGUCCACCGCAGCCUUGGCCGCCAUAUUUCCAUAGUAAAGCACCUGAGGCACAGUGGAUGGCCUCCAACACUACUCCAGAUGGUUCAGACUUUGGCCAGUAAUGGAGCCAAUUCCAUAUGGGAACACAGUCUCCUGGACCCUGCACAGGUGCAGAGCGGUCGAAGGAAACCAAACCCUCAGGACAAGGUCCACACCGCUAAGUCAGAGUUCAUCAGAGCCAAAUACCAGAUGUUGGCAUUUGUGCAUAAGCUUCCAUGUCGAGAUGAUGAUGGUGUCACUACAAAGGAUCUCAGUAAGCAACUUCACUCGAGUGUGCGAACUGGGAGUUUAGAGACGUGUCUUCGCCUCUUGUCCCUCGGUGCUCAGGCCAACUUCUUCCAUCCGGAGAAAGGCACCACCCCGCUUCAUGUCGCAGCGAAGGCGGGGCAGAUCCUGCAGGCUGAGCUGCUUGUUGUGUACGGCGCUGAUCCUGGAGCUCUUGAUAUCAACAGGCGCACACCAAUGGACUAUGCUAGGCAGGCCGGCCAUGUCGAGCUAGCAGAGCGUCUCGUAGAGUGUCAGUAUGAGCUGACGGACAGACUAGCCUUCUACCUUUGUGGCCGGCGACCAGAUCACAAAAAUGGCCACUAUAUCAUUCCUCAAAUGGCAGACAGAGCUCGUCCUAAGUGCCCGACACAGAGUCUCGACCUCUCUGAACUCGCCAAGGCUGCCAAGAAGAAGCUGCAAGCUCUCAACAACCGGUUGUUUGAGGAACUAGCUAUGGACGUGUAUGAUGAGGUGGAUCGCAGGGAAAACGAUGCAGUGUGGUUGACGACGCAGAACCACAGCACUCUGGUAACAGAACGAAGCGCGGUGCCAUUCCUGCCGGUCAACCCUGAAUACUCUGCCACAAGAAACCAGGGCCGUCAGAAGCUGGCUCGAUUCAACGCUCGGGAAUUUGCUACUCUCAUCAUUGACAUCCUGAGUGACGCCAAGCGGAGACAGCAGGGAAAAGGACUCAGCAGUCCUACUGAUCCACUGGACCUGGGCAUCGAUGAUGACGAGCACGACUACGAUAAUGUAGCUUCUGAUGAAGACACGGACAGCGAGCUGACCACCCAGAACAACAACAACACACAACGCAGCAACCGUGCAAAAAGCAUGGACUCCUCUGACCUGUCCGACGGCCCCAUCACCCUGCAGGAGUAUCUGGAGGUAAAGAAGGCCCUGGCCUCCUCGGAAGCCAAGGUGCAGCAGCUGAUGAAGGUCAACAACAACCUGAGUGAGGAGGUCCGGCGGCUGCAGAAGGAGAUCACCCGGAUGCAGACAGAGAACAGUGCGUUACGGGGGGGCCAGCAGGCUGGGGGGGCAGCUGGCCAUGGAGUUGGGGGCCCAGGUGGAGGGGGGGGAGGCCACUGGGUGAGUGGCGGGAUGUUUGGAGGAGUUGUUGCUGGGGGUUUGGUUGGGUUCGGUUCGGGAGCUGACCCCACGGGGCUCUCUGUGCCCCCCUCAGCCAGCUCUUACCCCCCUCUCCACCGGAGGGACCGGCAAGCCAUCUCCAUGUAUGAGCCGGGGGCGGCCCCGGGGCCCACGGCUCACAGCCCCCCAGCCCUGGACUCCCUUGCAGCCCGCCUGCAGCCCCUCAACACACCCAGCGUAAGGAAGGGUGGCGUUAGUAAUCCAGGCCUGUAUGGAGUCCAACAUGUGUCUGGAUCUACGGAGAUGGGCCGAUACAUGGUGUCCAAACCUGAGAAGCAUGGCAGCGGCACAGACAGUGACUAUGACAACACACACGAUCAUUUACAAAGUAUCGGCCGGAGCAGCGAAGAGGAGGGUCGGGGCGAGUCUGAGGAGGGAGUGGGCGGCGACGCUGGCGAGCCGGACCCCACCCUUCCAUGCACAGAGGACGUAAUACUGAAGACGGAGCAGGUGACUAAGAACAUCCAGGAGCUGCUGAGGGCCGCACAGGAGUUCAAACACGACAGCUUUGUUCCGUGUUCUGAGAAGAUCCACUCUGCUGUCACUGAGAUGGCUUCCCUCUUCCCCAAACGGCCAGCGCUCGAUGCGGUUCACUGCUCCCUGCGCCUGCUGGCUUCCAGCGCCUCGCGGCUGCAGGUGGAGUGUCGCAAGGCGGCGCCCUCGGAGCCCGGGGCUCCGGCGGUGGACUACCAGCUCCUCACCCAGCAGGUCAUCCAGUGCGCCUACGACAUUGCGAAGGCUGCCAAGCAACUGGUCACCAUCACAACACGCGAGAAGAAGCAGUGACCAACCCAACGCCGAGAUGGGGAGAGAGGCAAGAGGCCGAUUCAUGGGGGAGGGGCCUUCAGGGGAAAGGAGUACGAGGGACAACACCAUCAGACUGCGGAUGGAGGAAGCGAUGGAGGAAGAGAAGAAAAGCUUGGAAGAUGCAUGAGGAAGCAGAGAUUGCUCUGAACAAACAGCAAAAGCGUGGAAGUGAAGGUAGGGGAAGGACAGGUAGAAGGGUCUGAUCUGGAGUUGGAAUGAGAAGCGUUUAAUAAACCGCUGAAACUGUGGAAAACAUGAAACCUGAUGUUGGGAGAUGUACAGCGAACUGGAUUCUUAAACGUUAUUGCUUUAUUUAUUUUGGUCCAACGUUGUCCGUCCCAUUUUGUGCGCCUCGUCGCCAUGGGAAGAACUUCUGCCACAGAGAGAAGUGGCACAGCCUACUGGGAGAAGGCGGGACAUUCCUCAACUCCUUUUCCCUUUCCUUUCCUUCUUCCCUUCCUCCCUGUCUGUCUGUCCAACCUGAAGUGUGGACCCUCUCUGCUCCCACUGAUGUCCCUGGCAGCACGAGUGAGCCAUGGAGAGAAGGACACACCUCCACCGAGACCCUCAAACUCUCCAGCUUUUCUACGGGAGGGCCUUGAGUUUUUCUUCCAACCCAUCGCUGUCUUGUUGGUGGUCCACAGCAUGAUCUGGCAUGUUUUCAUUUCAUUUUUUUGUUUCUUUCUGAACCCGCAAAUCAGAUUGAUUUGCACCUCUAAGGACUUUCGCCCCACCCCUUUUUUACUGACUUAAACACUUACACUGGAAUAAUUAUGAUUUAUUGUUUACCAUGUUGUUUUGUAUUGACAAUUUUACUGAUUGAUUUAACUGUUUCUGUAAGUUUGUUUUAUUGUGCUAAAAUGAAUUCAGUCAUAACAGGGAGACAGCUGGGAGUGCUUCACCCUCUCGCUGGGAGAUGAAUAAAUCUGCACACUCAGAGAUCAACAAGAACCUGAGAACAGAUUCCCCAGCAUUUCUAAGCAGUCUUCUUUUUUUCCUCUCAUGUUGUCUCAUGGCCAAGGGGUUGAAACAGUUGCCAAAGGAGAGUGCGUUUCAUUUUCUGUCAGAGCGGAAGCCCCUUCGCCGCAUUGUAGACAGAGCAGGAUCCUCAUCUAUCUUUUUUUGUGCUUGAUUUCUUUUGAAAAAAUACUCUGCCUCAUUUAUACACAGCCAGUGGAAUCAUCUCAGAAUCAUUCGCAGUGCCAAGCAGGAUAAUAAUAAACAACAAUAACAAAAAAACAACAUUUAGCUUGGUUUGUUUACAAGGAAGAGCCUGGUGGCCAUUAACCUGCAUGCAUGCUAGAAAACAAAACACAAUUCAGAUUUAGCAGACAUGCAGAAAGCCCUGGAUCUGGCCACCGAGAUCGUAAAAUAUGUUCUUGUUUAACGUCCUCAGUUCAUGGAGAGUACUUGAUUUGGUUCGCCAUGUGUUAUUUUUCACUUGCAGGACUGUCUGGCAAGCACAAUCAGGCAGACAAGCUGUUUUCCAGCUCAGACGGUCUGCCGAUCUGGGCCACAGAUGUUGUCUGUGUUUCUGAACUCUGUCAACAGGAAACAGCAAUGGGAACAAAAGUUUUGUUUGUGUGUGGAUAUAUAUAUAUAUAUAUAUAUAUAUAUAUAUAUAGCUCAUUGUAUUGUGCCGAACAAAUAUGCUUGUUUCUGUAAGGACGGAUGCUGAUGACAUCCUUUCUAUGACUUUCUUAUAGUUUAUUAAGGAUGUGAUCAAACAGCUGUGCAUCUAUUUUGUCUCAAACUGCUUUACCCGGCUCAUUCACGCUUUGCUUUAUUUGUCCCUCAUUUGGCUGAUUGUCCUUCAGCCUCACAUGACUGAACACUGUUGAGGAAAGUAGAAUCUCAUCCAUGUGACUCUUUUAUCCAUCUGCAGUUGGAGCUUGAAUGCCUUUGCACAUUGUCUUCAUCAUCUCCUGUUCGACUGACUGUUUUAGUGAUUUAUGAUUUUACUGACAAACAGAAGUGGGGGCCAGAAGAAAAACGUGCUCCUUCAAUCAUCAGUGCCCAUGUUUUAGACUAGAGCCAUAUAUAUAUAUAAAAAUAUAUAUAUAAAUAUUAAAAAAAACCUAUAUUUUCAUGCUAUUUUCUAUUAAGCUCCAUGUUAGGGUUUUGUUUGUGGGAUAUUUAUGUCUAUUUGUUGGCCUAAAGGGCUUCAGACUGCGACGUCUGCUCUCCAAAUCUUCAGUCAGCUCGACCCAACAUUUGAAGUGCCGUUUGGUUGCCCUCCUGUGUGAUCAGACUGGAGAUAUUAAUAAUAAAGCUAGAAUCCACGAAAAGAGGAGGAGGAGGAAACACAGGCUGAUCUCAGUGUGAGUUGCACUAUUUUCAAACACCAGCUGGUUGAAGUUGGAUCUACGUACUGCACUCUUCCAAAGGUCUUGGCAGGAUUAGUUUUGUCUGAAGCGCACUUUGGCCGAACACUACAGUCAUCUCAACGGGACGGGUCUAAAAUGCACGUGGCCCGGUUCUUCCUACAUUUGAUAGACACUACUUAGGGUGCCUCUAGUUUGAAUGUUAAAUGCUUCCUUUCGCUCAUGUCACUUAACUUUAUACACUACAUUUUGUUCAGAUUUUGGGGUGUUGAUUUCUAAUUUUAGAGACACCCACAGGUUAUCAGUUGGACCAAUCCAUGCACAGGAGACAUUAGAGUUACAGGUUUUUGUUCUUAAACACGGUCGUGUGCUGUGGUCUGCACUGUUUUCAUCCUUGACUUUUCUUUAAAUUGCACCAUGAAUUCAGAAAUGGGAGAGCUUUGUGUUGACAGAAGGCAUUAACUGUAUAAAGUAGACAAAACGGUGACUUAUGGAGAGAAAAGGUCAAUCAUAAUGGAAACUCAUAAGCUGUACAUUUGUAAUAAAACAAUUUAAUUGCCA